GGGGGGAAGAGUGCCUGUCAGGGUGGAGUUUUCAGAAGGCGGUCUUACCCUUUUGGACAGAUUGAUGCUGAAGAAACAUCGCAGAAAUCCAAAUGAGCUUGCUCCUCUGAUGGACCCGCAUGUGAACCCACUCCCACAAAGCCCUGAGAAAGAUCCGGAGGCCACUCUGACAGUUGAAGACAAGGAAGUUCACACCUACCUCACUUCACUGUUUGCUGUCCCCACCAACGCUGAAAGAUCUGGGCUUGACAAUUCUGAACCAGGAGCCUGGCUCACUAUAGAAGUCCUGGAUGAGGAAGACAGGUCUGUGGCUGCAGAGGCCAAGAGAAUGGUGAACAGAGUAAUCCCUUCACAACAGACCGCUGCUCCAAACAACAGGAUGUCCAAUAGCCUCUCCACUCGCACAACUCAACAAUCAAUCGUGCCCAGAGAAAUAGAGGAAACUGCAACUUCUCCUUCAGUCUGCUCAGCACUCUCCUCUAAACCAGAAUCCACUACCACCACCACCACCACACCAGGAGACCACCACACUUCAAUUAAGACCGCAGCCUCAAAAUCCACUACGCCCCCCGCCCGCUCCCAAGUCAAAUCACCGCUAUCACCUUUGUUGUCUUCUUCCGGUCCGCUAUACAGAACCCCCAAGCCCUCGCACUCUCCCCGCUCAAUUUGUCCUAAUGAUUCUCCCUCCACUGGUCGCUCAUUAACAUCCGAAGAGUGCGAUUUCUAUCCGAAAAUCUCCCCUGCGCUCAGAACCACUUUCACCCUCACGCCAUCCAGCUCAGUCGAAUCGGCGCUACUCCCUAAAAUAUCAUCACGCAACUCAACAGGAAGUAGGGUUGAAUCUCCAAGGCUAUGUCAGCGUUCAAUAUUAGAUCAAGACGCUGUCCAAUCGGAUAACGAGAGUCCGAUUUCUCCAAGUCCAUCCAAAACGUCAUCAAGAAGUUGUCCGCGCAAGUCCGUGGAUUUGUCGAUGAAUAGAUCAAGCUUAUCUGGUGAUGAUACUCGAGGGGAUAGUGAAGUUUGUCUCACAUCGCAGCAUGAUGUGACUGGCUGCGAAUCAAUGUCCAAACAACGCAAGCAACACUUCUUAUCUGAUCUGUCCCCGGAUGACAACAACACCAGUGGCCUCACAGGAAAACAUGGGGCUAUGUCAGCAGGUAAUGCAAAAGAAUCAACGUUCGCUCUGAUCCAAGAGUACCGCAAUGCCCUGAAGUCAAGACAAGACAGUGAAGAUGAGAUGUCCAGCGACAGCCUGGACUUGACCCUGUGUGAGGAAGACUCUGCAGAUGAUGAAGAGCUCGGAGCCCAGGGCCGUGUGGAGCGCCGCAGGUCCACAGAUGACAGAGGGAGUCCUGCCAGUGCACAUUUACACCACCACAGUGCCUUUGGUCCCCGCGCACAUGAAGAGGGAGAGAGGGAUUUGUCCGCUGAUCAGGCCCAGCAGCUGUCAAGACCAGCGCGGGUGAUCCACUCUUUUAGAUCCUGGUCUGAUUCAGAUUCUGACGGCUCCAGUGAUGACAGUCCUUCUCCGCAUUCUGACAUUUCCCCCAAUUUCCAUCUGAAAAGCUCUGACGCAGUGCACCAAAACCGAACAUCACUGAACUCGUCCACCUCAACAGAGAUGAGCGGAGUAGACCAGACUGGAUGUGAGGACCCCGACCUGGAGGCAGACGCGACGGCGCAGACUCUGUCCAGACUGGAGAGGGAGCUGAGAAUGCUGGUCAAGGAGAGCGGGUCAGAGGUCUUCACUGUUGCUCCCAGUAACAGCAGAGCGGAGAAUCCUGGAGGGAAUAGCCUGUACACUCGCAGAAGAAUGAGCAAAGAAGAGGAGGAUGAAGAGGAGGCUUUGCAGAAUGACCGUCGCAGCGUACUGUUACUACCUUGAAAUACGUUUGAUGUAAACUUCAAUCCUGAUCCUGUUUUUAAACCCAC